AUGGAUAAAGCAUUUGAUGUGUUUGGUGUAAAAAUGUCACAUUUUAGAACUAUGAGCGAUAGUAAUGAUACUGAUGAAAGCGAUAGCGAUUCAAGUGCUAAUAGUGUUCAAAAUUAUGAUUUAGAAGAUGAACCUAAUAUUAUUCUUUAUAUGCAUAUUCGAUGUUGUGCUCGUACAUUGAGCCUCUGUGCUACCACUGAUAUAAUGAAAACUGUAAAAUCAUCACAACAUCUCCAUGAAAUGCAUACUAAAGUGAUGGAAAAAUAUAAUACACUAUGGAAUGGAGCAGGUUGA